CCAAAAUUAUGUCUUGUUCUCAAGCAAGUUCACAGCGCUGGCUUCUAUCUCUCGGGCAGGACAUUCCAGAUCGGAGCGGAGGUCCACGGAGGUCGAUGCGGACGGGGGGCCCUGCUGGAAAUGGAGGGGCAGUAGAGCCCAAGGGGCCACCCCUACACCUGGAGCACAGAGGGGCCUGGGCCAGGGCCAGGGCCACGGGAAGCCAUGGAGAGCUUCAUGGAGUCGCUAAACCGGCUAAAGGACGUCCAUGAGAAUGAGAUCACGGGCCUGCAGAACAAGCUUCUGGAACUGAACUCAGAGAGGUGCCGGGACGCCCAGAGGGCGGAGGAGCUCUGUGCCAAGAACCGUCAGCUCAGGGAGCAGCAGAGGGCGCUGAAGGAGAACCUGCGGGCGCUGGAGAACAGGCUGCGGGCCGGCCUGUGCGACCGCUGCAUGGUCACCCAGGAGCUGGCCAGGAAGAAGCAGCAGGAGUUCGAGAGCUCCCUGCUCCAGAGCCUGCAGCAUGUCUUCCUACUCACGACCGAGCUGACCCGGCUGCAGGAGGAAAACGAUGCCUUGAAGGAGGAGGUGAAGCAGCUGCGGGGCCCAGGGGCCAAGCCCCAGUUCAGGGAGGGUGCCCCAGGACCCCUGUCACCCCUGCUGUUCCCCUCCCUGGGCACCCGGAAGGCCGUCACUGAGAAGCCACUGGAAGGCCAUGAGGAGGUGGAGGACGGCCACGCAGAAAGGCCGGUGGGGUACGGGACGUCUCCAGUAGCCAAAAUCUCCCCGGGUGCCAACCUGCCUGAGCCCCGGGCCCCGGACAUGAGCCCCCAGCACAUCUCCAACCAGCUACACGGGACCAUCGCCGUGGUGCGGCCAGGGUCCCGGGCCUGCUCCGCCAACCGGGGCUCCGUCAACGGGACGUCCCCACUGCCGCCCCCCAGGAGCAGCCCUCCAAGCCCGUCUGGAGAGCACGGCCUCCCUCUGGACAGCUUCCUGCAGGCCUCUCUGCCCUCUGCCAAGCCCUGCAAGUCCCCGAAGAGCUCCCUCCAGGCUGACCGCCUCUGCCACCUGAACCGCCACCUGGCCCUGCCCCGUGGGAGCCCUCACAGCGGCCCCCAGCCCCCGGGCCUCAAGGCCGGGGAGGCGGAGGCCUGGGAGGAGCCCGUGGGUCUGCUGGGCCUGCCAGGCGCCCUGGCGGGCGUGCGGGACCCGCGGCUGGAGGGAGCGCUGCACCUGCUCCUGGCCCAGCAGCUGUGGGCGCGGGGGCGGGCGGGCGGUGCCGGGCUGAGGGGCCCACCGGUGCCGGGCAAGGCGCCACCCUCCCCGCCAGCCGGCCCCCACUCCGAGGGUCCCGGGGGCGGGGCGGCCUGGGCAGCCCUGCCCAGAGGGCAGCACCCACGGCCCGCAGGCCCAGGCAGUCCCCGGGCAAAGGAGGCCUCGGCCACACAGGACUACGUCCCAGACAAGCCCCUGGACCUCUCGGAGUGGGGCCGGGGCCGGGACGGCGCCCCCAAGCCUGCCAGCCCGCCAGGAUCACUCAGCCCCCCAGGUGCCCACACGCCCAGCCCCAAGCCACCCCAGGGAGUGGAGCCCUCUGAACAGUCUGGGGUCCAGGGGCUCGGCGACUGCACCAAGGGGGCCGAAGAGGCAGAGGCGGAAGAGCCUCCACCUUCCACGGAACCCUCACAUUCUCUCCCAGGCCCCAGCCUGCCCUCUCCAAGUGGGCCAGGACAUGAGGACAGAGGGAGGCCAAAACUGCCCCCCUGCCCGCAAAGGCCUGAUGGAGACAGCCACCCGGGUGAGGAGCUCAGCAAAGCCCAAGGACAGCAGCUGGAGUCGGAUGAGCUAGACAAGCCAGACACCUCGGACAGCGAGGUGGGCCUGAGCACCGAGGCGGGGGCCACGCAGAGCUUGCCAGCCGAGGGACCCAGGGGUUUCUGCGCCACGGAGCAUGAGCGGGGCCCACAGAAGAGGAAGCGGGCCUCAGACCAGUGGAGCAAAGCCUCGAAGAAGCCGUCCUGAGGAAUAAGGGACCUAGGGGAGCCAGGAGCCCGAGGGACCCCAAGGACGGCAGCCCCUCACCCAUCACCAGCAGCUGGGAAGAGAGCCAGGGGCACCCCAGCUUGCCCAGCAGUGCUCCCCACCCGACUGCCCGCGGCCAGGACAGCCCACGCCGCCAGCCAGCAGACGGCCCCAGCAGCAGCGUAGCGGACUGGGUCCUGGCCCACAUCCAAAGGGGGUGGGAAGGCCAAGAAGGCUGGUCUUCUGAACCCCUCUAUCUCAGAAAUGGUCUUGCACGCCACCCUCAGCCCAGCAUCUGCUCCCUUGCAGGGAGUAGGGGCCUGGGAGGCCAGGGCGGCUCAAGCUCCAGCCCCGCCCCACCCCCACCCCUGCUGUGCACAGGCAGCCCUUCCUGGACAGUGCCCCCUCCUCCCACCAACUCCACUAGCAUCCUGGACCCAAGCGGCUGCGAGCCUGGCGGCCCAUUCCUGACGGGGCAUGGAGCUCUGAGCAGUGGUCUCGGGCGCCCCCUCGUGGAGUCCCACAAACGGGUGCUGGGCAGUGAGGGCGCAGGAAGGCUGACGGCAGCACCUGGAAGCGGGGGUGGGGGGGGGGCGCCGG